AUGUCUGGGGCUGAGUGGGUGUUCAAAAUCUCCUAUUGCUUUAAGGCUGCUAUUACUAUACGAUCUUUAAUAAACCCAGAUAGGUACAUCACUGUUGUGGAGCAUGAUCUAAGUGUAUUAGACUAUCUCUCUGACUCCUCAUGCUGUUUGUAUGGUGUGCCAAGUGCUUAUGGUGUUGUAACUAUGCCUUGUAGUGUUAGAGAAGGCAUAAACACUUUCUUGGAUGGCUAUGUUCCAACAGAAAACUUGAGAUUCAGAGAUGCAUCGCUUGUUUUUAAAGUGGCUGAGACAGCAAAUGAAGAAGUUAAAAAGAUGUGUAUGUAUAACUACCCAGGGAUGAAGAAAAAGAUGGGAGAGUUUGAGCUAGCAAUUGUAGCUGGAGAGUUUACGGAUUCUGAAAUUAUGGGGAUGCUUCGGGAAAAUGGUACAGGCAAAACGACAUUCAUCAGAAUGCUUGCUGGAAGGCUUAAACCUAAUGAAGGAGGAGAAGUGCCAGUUCUAAAUGUCAGUUAUAAGCCACAAAAGAUCAGUCCCAAAUCAACUGGAAGUGUUCGCCAGUUAUUACAUGAAAAGAUAAGCGAUGCUUACACUCAUCCACAGUUUGUGACUGAUGUAAUGAAGCCUCUGCAGAUUGAAAACAUCACUGAUCAAGAGGUACAAACAUUAUCUGGAGGAGAACUACAGCGAGUAGCUUUAGCUCUUUGCUUGGGCAAACCUGCUGAUGUCUAUUUAAUUGAUGAGCCAUCUGCAUAUUUGGAUUCUGAGCAAAGAUUGAUGGCAGCUGGAGUUGUCAAACGUUUCAUACUCCAUACGAAGAAGACGGCCUUUGUUGUGGAACAUGACUUCAUCAUGGCCACCUAUCUAGCAGAUCGAGUCACUGUUUUUGAUGGUGUCCCAUCUAAGAACACUGUUGCAAAUAGUCCUCAAACCCUUUUGGCCGGCAUGAAUAAAUGUUUGUCUCAGCUUGAAAUUACAUUCAGAAGAGAUCCAAACAACUAUAGACCACGAAUAAACAAACUCAACUCAAUUAAGGAUGUAGAACAGAAGAAGAGUGGAAACUACUUUUUCUUGGAUGAUUAGACUGAAUCUGAGGAAAUCAAUAAGCCAUUUACUAAAAGAAACAUUGACUGGGAUUUUUGUCAUAUAAAACUUUAAUCAGGUUUUAUGCCCCACAUACUCUGGAACUUGAAGUAUAAUCAAUGUACAUCAAAAGCCAGUUGUGUUGUAAAUUGUAGUCUGAACACAGAAAAUGCCACUUUCCUGGAAAAGUUCAUAAGGCACUUUUGUGCAUAUUCUAAAAUGAAGACAUUUCAAGCUACACAAAUUACCUCCAGGUUUUCAUGAUGUGUGGGAAGAUGCUCAAUAGUGUAAUGCAUACAUGUACCAAAUGCUGACCUGUGUGCCCCCUCUAGAAAAAUCUUGAAGUUACUUUCUGUGCUUACCUGCUUUGCCAAGUAUGCCAGUAUAAGGAAAUUUAUUUUAUAAGCUGGUCAAAGACCCCAUUGAUGAU